AUUUGCCACAACAAUCUCUCAAGUCUCAAAACAACAACCCGUCUUUGCUAAGAAAGAAAAGCUUUUAUUCAUAUUAGUUCAUAAGAUGUCUAAAGCUCAGUCAUCAGUUACCCUCCUCAUAUGCCUCAACCUAAUAUUUUUCUCUUUGGUGAGUUGCCAUUAUGUCCCUUGCCCACCACCACCACAUACCUCUAAACCCCCUAGCCCUAGCGGUGGCCACCAUGGAGGGAAGUCACCGACGCCAGUGCCAUCAGGCCCGUCACCACCAAGCAAAUCACCAGCAACGCCAGUGCCAUCAGGCCCGUCACCGCCUAGCAAAUCACCAACACCAGUGCCAUCAGUCCCGUCACCACCUAGCAAAUCACCAACACCAUCAUCACAAGGCAACUGUCCCAUAGAUGUCCUCAAGUUGGGAGCUUGUGCCAAUGUAUUGGGUAACUUGCUUGGGCUUGUCAUUGGAACUCCACCACAGAGUUCAUGUUGCUCUCUCCUACAAGGGUUGACCGACCUUAAUGCAGCAGUUUGCCUUUGCACAGCCAUUAAAGCGAAUGUUUUAGGGAUCAACCUUAACGUCCCUAUCUCGUUGAGUUUGUUGCUCAACAACUGUGGCAAAGGGGCACCCUCUGGCUUCCAAUGUUCUUAAACUAUUACUCUGAGGGGUCAUCAAAAUCUCAAGUAUUAUUUCCAUGUUACAGCAUUAGAGCAGCUUGAAACUGUUUUAUUCAUAAUUGUAUACGUAUUUCUUUUUUUGCUUUUUUUUUUUUUUUCUGUUGUAUACCACCAAGCCUAAGAUGAUAGACUUGUAGUAAUCUUUUCAAUUCAAGGGAGAAAGACAUACAUGAGUUUUCUUGAAUAAAAUUGAACAAUAUGUUUGAUAAA